CAGUGGGACGCGUCCUCCGUAAAUGGAUUGUCACUUCUCCUCCUUCUGGUUGGACAUGGUGUAGAAUCACCCGGGUCCUGUGGUCCUAUAUGCACCCAGGGUCACCAUGUCCCAUUCAUUCUCCGGUCCUUUCUACCCCCCCCGUCCCUCCCCUCCCUUCAGUCCCCUCUGCCUAGUCCACCAUACCUCUAUUUGUCCCCUAGUCCCCCUCUUAGUGUGAGUUAGCAUGCGCAUAUCAGGGAGAACGUUUGUCCUCCGUCUUUUUGGGGACUUGCUUAGCUUGGUCAGCCUGGUGUCUCCCAACUCCAUUUCCUUGACCAGCGAACGGCCAUCAUUUCACUCUUCUUCGUGGCUGAGUAAUAUUCCACGGUGUACACGUACCACAUUUUCUUUAUCCAUCACCUGCUGAAGGGCACUGAGGUGGCUCCCUGGGGACGGGCUCCGGGGCCUCCUGUCCCUGGGCCCCUGUGGUGCGCUCCCUGACCCUUUCUGCGUCCCUCCCCUUGCAGGUCCGCGAGGAUGAGCACGUGUCCACGGCGGCGGUGAUGGGGCUGGUGGACAUGAACGUGAGCGGCCCGGACAACGCGACGCUGCAGAUGCUGCGGAACCCGGCCAUCGCCGUGGCGCUGCCCGUGGUCUACUCGCUGGUGGUGCUGGUCAGCAUCCCCGGGAACCUCUUCUCGCUGUGGGUGCUGUGCCGCCACAUCGGGCCCAAGUCGCCGUCGGUCAUCUUCAUGAUGAACCUGAGCGUCACGGACCUGAUGCUGGCCAGCGUGCUGCCCUUCCAGAUCUACUACCACUGCAACGGCCACCACUGGGUGUUCGGCGAGGUCCUCUGCAACGUGGUCACCGUGGCCUUCUACGCCAACAUGUACUGCAGCAUCCUGACCAUGACGUGCAUCAGCGUCGAGCGCUUCCUGGGCGUCGUCCACCCGCUCAGCUCCGCGCGCUGGCGCCGCCGCCGCUACGCGCUGGCCGCCUGCGCGGGCACCUGGGCGCUGCUGCUGGCCGCGCUCUUCCCGCUCGCGCGCACGGAUCUCACCUACGAGGUGGACGCGCUGGGCAUCGUCACGUGCUUCGACGUGCUCAAGUGGACCAUGCUGCCCAGCGUGGCCAUGUGGGCCCUGUUCCUCUUCACCAUCUUCGUGCUCCUCUUCCUCAUCCCCUUCGUGGUCACCGUGGCCUGCUACACGGCCACCAUCACCAAGCUGCUGCGCACGGCCGACGGACGCCCGGACCAGGGCCAGCGGCGGCGCGCCGUGUGCCUGGCCGCCGUGGUGCUGCUGGCCUUCGUCACCUGCUUCGCGCCCAACAACUUCGUGCUGCUGGUCCACAUGGUCAGCCGGCUCUUCUUCGGCCGCAGCUACUACCACGUCUACAAGCUGACCCUCUGCCUCAGCUGCCUCAACAACUGCCUGGACCCCUUCGUCUACUACUUCGCCUCCCGCGAGUUCCAGCUGCGCCUGCGCCACUACCUGGGCUACGGCCGCCUGCCCAGCGACAGCCUGGACACGACGCGCCGCGACAGCCUCUUCUCCGCCAGGACGCUCUCGGCGCGCUCCAUGUCCGCCGCCGGCCCCGCGGACGCGCUGCAGGGCACCGGCCGGCCCGGCCUCAAGAGGCAGGAGAGCGUCUUCUGAGCCCGGGAGUGACCUUUGCAAAAGGUCCAGCGGGGACACGCCGCACCCCUCCACGGCCACCCUGGAGAUUUGCAGAGACCACCUGCUCCUUAUGGGAAGCCACCAGGGGUCCCCAGGCCGCUGUGCCAUCCAGCCUUGCCUCUUCCUGCCCACGGAACCGAACCCCAGCGGUAGUGGACACUGCGUUGGCCACUGGUCCACCAAGGGGCGACCCAGCCUGUCCCCAGCUGGGGACGAGCAUUCAGCCAGCUCAGCACCCCCUCACCCUGACUCUGCAGGCCCACACCUCCUUGGUGACAUUGGGGACGUGACCUUAAUCUGCAAUCCCGGGGUCCCCUCCCUGCACCGGGUCCCUCCAGCCAGCUGCCCGCUGCCAUCUGGGCAGGUUUCAUGUGUGGUCACGCCUGGCCAUGGUGGUGCCGGCAAAGGGACCAGGUGACUCUGAGGAGCCACGGGGAUCCUUGGGGAUGACAGUCCCCACA